ACCACACCAGAGAUGGCAGCGGCAACAUCUCAUACUCUCUCACCACUGACUGACAAUCAAAAAAGCACAGCAUCAAGUACCACCAUCACGUCGGCCUCCACAACCCAGCCCCCCACAGUCACUAGGCCCCCGGCCUCCACGACGACCGCCAAUCCCAUCAAGGGAAUUACACUAUUCCCUUAUGGGAAGGAGGCAAACGACCAAGAAUUUGUCCAGAAGAAUCUGGAUUUCACCUCACCGCUCUUCAAGCCCCAGAUUGGAUUCCCUCUCGGAUCAACGCUCCGGAGUUCCCUUUACUUCACAGACAACGGUCAGAUCAUUUUCCCAGCCUGGGACUACGCCAUUCGCUCCUACCCCAAUCCGCCUUCCUGGGGCUUCUCCCGCUGGGACUCCAUAGCAAUGGUGGCUGCCUUCUGGGAAGAUGCUGACUUCUCCACUGGCCAAGGAACUAUUUUCUACCAGGAAUACGACACCCUUACCUGGUAUAGACCCCAAAUAAUCCAAAAUGUGGAGUCCUUGAUUAGGAAGUCCUCAGGGAUCCCAUACGUGGCCAGAUGGACUUUGAAGGUGACCUGGGUGGGAGCUCCUGCCUAUCCAGCGUGGACCAAUUCUGGGACCAACACGUUCCAAGCCAUCCUUACCACUGAUGGGAGCCGUUCCAUUGCCCUGAUGCUGUACCAAGAUGGGGGCAUGAGGUGGAAUGUGGCACAACGCCCACUCACCAAUGCACUCAUAGGCUUCACCAGCGGUGAUGGGUUUUACAAGAAUGACCUGCUGAUGCUCCAGUCCCCAGCUGAAAAGUAUCGUCCAGAUCAGUUCCUGAGUUCCGGCCCAGGACUCCGGGGGCUGCGGGUGUACCAUCUACAGAAGGAGGUGAGACCCAACUACCGGCUCAAGUGUCUACAGUGGCUGGAGGAGAAUCCUGUUUGGCACAGUUGGGCCCAGGCCCAGCUGUCUUGCCCCUGCACCUUGUGGCAGGCAUGGGAGGACCCGCGCUUCUGGUGGUCCAGAGCAGGCUGGAUGGCAGGCCGCAGGAGGCAACUAUGCAGCUUCUCAUCGUGGCAAGGUGGUGUCUGCUGCAGUUACGAUCACUGGGGAGCAUUUCUGAAUGGACAGAGGAUUAGGGACCCAUGGCAAGAAGACCGGGAGAUUGAAGCUCAAAAUUGGUGCUGCCUCUGGAACGAUAACCCCUACUUCUGUCAGCUGUACAGGCAGAGGUGGCCACCUGUCACCUGUGCUGGAUACAGGCCACCUUGGAUAGCAUGGAUGUUUGGGGAUCCCCACAUCACCACCCUGGAUGGCACCACAUACACCUUCAAUGGCCUGGGCGACUUCCUGUUGAUGAAGGCCAAGAGCGCGAACUCUUCCUUCUUACUGCAAGGACGCACGACGCAGACGGGCACUGCCCCCGCCACCAACUUUAUGGCAUUUGCUGCCCAGUAUAACUCCAGUGGCACUGGCAUCAUCACAGUUCAGUGGUUGCUGCAGCCUAAUGAUAUGAUCCAGGUUCUGCUCAACAAUCAGACUGUCAACUUCAACUACUCUGAAGGCAUAGAGCGGGGUGUACAUAACAUCUCUGGAGUCCAGCUGUUCCGCAACAACACCGUCUCGGCCACCUUCGAUGGGGCUGUGGCGGUCACUGUGUCGGCAAACUUCAACAUCCUGUAUGCCUUCACCAGCCUUCCAGAAGAGUACUUCAACAAAACACAAGGCCUUUUAGGUGUCUGGAACUCGGACCCGACUGAUGACUUCAAAAUGCCCAACGGCUCCUCCAUUCCCGCCAACAGCUCUGAGGAGAGCAUUUUCCAUUAUGGAAUGUCCUGGCUCCUCAGCACCGAAAGCCUCUUUACCGACAAGCCAGGAAGGCAGCCUGGCAACUUCACCCCCGUCUUUCUAACUAAGCUGAUAGGUGAGAACACGACGUUCUAUGAGGAAGCAAAAAAGCUGUGUAACAACAGCCAGGAGUGUAUCUACGAUGCCCUGGCCACAAAGAACAUAAACUUCGGUCUGAGAACCAAAAGCUUCCAGGACAACUUCUUGAAGAUGAAUACGAGUCUCAACCAAUUCCCUCCAUCUUUGACUGGACAGAUUGAUAUCCAUGCCUUCAUGCAGAAGACUAAGAUUGUAACUUACAGUUCCUACCACUCUGGAGUUAAGUUCACCCUUGAAAUUCAUCCUAAUUCUGCCGACUUCAAUAUCAACGACAAUGGGACCCUGGCCUGGACCCCGCGUUCCCUGGACCCAUUCACACUGACCAUCAGAGCGACGGACGUCAUCGGCUUAUCCUCCACGCUCUCGCCUACCUUUGUGGUCUGCAACUGUUCCAGUGAAAGUCUGUGUGACUACAACCAGACCACCAAAGUGAACAACUCCUCCCUCUACGUGGCAGCCUGUAAUUGUGCGCUGGGCUCCUUGGGGGCUUUCUGCCAAUACCCCAUUGAUGUCUGUGAGGCCUGCUUCCCCAAUGUCACCUGCCUGCCUGGGAAAGGAUGUGGGCUCUGCCCUGGGAAUCUCAUCGGAGACGGGAUGCACUGUGCAGGCUGUGAGUCUAUGCCCUGCCCUGCGGAUUACUGUGGUAACGGCGGGACUUGCCACAUCUCUCCAAACACCGCCUGCAAGCCCACCUGCACCUGCCCCCCGGCUUUCACCGACGCCCACUGCCGCGUGGCUGGUAAACCUUUCUCGCCGACGAUCGUGAGAGAACUGCCCCGGAGAAUCGUCCAGCUCCUGCUCAGCGAAGAAGAGAGAGCCAGGCAAGAGGACGUCAAUGCCUCGGUUGCUUGCAUCUUGAAUUCCCUGGUGGUGAAAACUUUUGACAGGAACAGUUUAGUGAUGAAUUACGCCAACCACUCCAUCCACGUGGGGAAUGUCCUGAUCCAACACUGGAACGUGACGUCCGAGUUCCGGUACAUCCCCACCAGUAACAUCUCCUUCCUGAACGAGCGGUUGGUGACGGCCAUUGUGGAAGCCUUCGAGCGCAAGGUGUGCACGACCCAGAGACAGGCUAAGAGCACCGUGAACUUCAAACCCACUCCAACCAGGGCAGACAUCCGGGAUAUUUCCUCAAGCAACAUCGAUGAGCUGAAAAAAUACUUUGAGUGCAGAGACUACCCCGGCUACGUGCUCGUCUUCAGAGAGGAGCCUGGCUUGAUUUGUGUGUCCCCCUGUGAGGAAGGGUACUGCCAGAAUGGGGGCAAAUGCCAGCACCUACAGGAUGGGCCGCACUGCAGCUGCGUCCCCUUCUCCAUCUACUCUCCGUCGGGCGAGCGCUGCGAGCAGCUGGGGAUCAGACUGGGGGCCUUCUUCGGCAUCCUCUUCGGGGCACUGGGUGCCCUCGCCCUGCUGGGAGUCGUCGCCUUCCUGGUCGCGUACCUCUGCCGUUACGAGAGGAGCUGGGCCUCCGGGGACCCGAUGAACUUCUAUGAGAACCAAGCUUUCUGGACGCUGAAUACAACCUCGCCAGAGGCCUCCUUGGAGCCCCAACUUCAGAGCUGGAGACCACAUCUGGAGAAGGUCCAACUAGGCUCCACAGUACGCCCACAGCGGUCCAGGCGGGGAGGCAGGGAGUGAGGGAAGCCUGGGGCCCAGGCAGGGCAACGGGCUUCUUGUGGGGACGGGAGACACGUGCUUAAUACAGUGCUCUGCACACAGUAAGCGCUCAAUAAAUACGACUGAAUGAAAAUGAAACCCCUGAGAUCAGAGCCAACCAGUUGGUAAAGCAGGAACGACUGGAGCCCCUCUCCCAGGGAUUUUUAGGAAUAGUACAGAUCCAUCCAAACGGACUAAAAAUAAAUAUAUUGUGGUAUUUAUUAAGUGCUAUGUGCCAUGCACUAUAAUAAGAGCUAAGUACAAGA